UCAGACACACACAAGUGUGCGAGUUAAACUGUACUUUUUAAACCACACAUAUACACACAAAAGAAAUCCAUCAAACGCACACACUUACAUACAGAUAGUUAAAUAGAUAUACAAUUUUACAUACAUAUCAAUCUGUCUAUUUAUGUCUAUGUAUGUGUGUCUGUGUGCGUGUAUGCACACACAAUACAGGCACAUAGUAUUUAUUUCCACGCCUCUACUUACUUGUACACUUUAGCAAUAUGCACACACAUCCAGACAUGUACAAACAUAUACAUUCGUACAUAUAUUCCUAAUUAAACUCACACACACAGUUACAGACGUGUACACUCGUAUGUAGUUACACAGCCCGGUCAGCUACAUAGUUAAUUUACAAUAAUGAAAUAGAAUGAAUAACAGUUAGGCUAUGUGGUCAUUUCCUGAUGGUUAUCCGGCGAAGAAGAUAUCAGUUAAAUAGGUAAUGUAGUGAACUGUUUCAUAUUACAACACUCUACACCAUUUCAACACAAAGUAACAUUGAUCUCUACUAUAACAGACCACAGUCAUACCACACUAUACUGCAAAGGAACGACACCACUCUGCACGAGGGUGUGUACAGUGUAAGGUAAAUAGAGAUACAGUGUUAGUAUGAUGGAUAUUAAGACGUGUUUCACCAUUUUAACUGUUGUGUGUUGUGUCCAGGCCAUAGCUGAUACUGAUGAUGUGAAGUCUGUCAACAAGUCAAGUACAUUCUGUGAAAUUUGCCAAUUCACAAUUAAAGAACUUGACCGCUGGUUGCAGAAUAUUGGACGUAAAGGUCACUAUAGCAUAGAAGCAGCAGUGUCCAAAUCACUAAACUCUAUAUGUAACCCGAAUGACAACAAACCAAUGCAGGAUGACCCUUUAAGGCUAACAGCCUGCAAGGAGCUCAUAGCCAACCAUGGUGACAUCUUUAAAGAAGCCUUUAUUGAACAUUAUGAGAGUGUUGAACCUGUCAGCUAUUUAAGACUCAUCCAAGAUGUGUGUUACAAGAAACUAGAACAGUGUCAACAUGAUGAGAACCAAGCCAAUGUGGAACCUGUCAAGUUUAAUGCUGAUAACCAAAUGGAAAUUGUUGAAACCAAAAACCUAAGAACCUUGCAGCCAACCGAAGAGCAGUGAUAAAACUCAUGGUUCCUUGAGUGUAGGAUUGGAAACUUAACUGUAGAAUAGUAGAGACCAGUACACUGUGCUUCUGGGAUGUUCAAGAUCUGGUCUAAACUUUGUUGCUACUUUUUGGCAAACAUUUUCAAAAUAUAUUUAAUCUCUCUGUAUAAUUAUAUUGUCAUUUUUUAACAUCCACUUUUCCAUGCUUGCAUGGGUCAGACAGAAUUCAAGCUGAUUUUCUAUGGCCAGAUACUCAAUCAACCAUUUCCACAGGAUUGGAGAUGAACGACACCACUUGUAAGACAGUGACACUUGUUUACAACCACAAUGCAAUGUCAAGACAAAGAGACACAAACAUCAACAUGACAGGCUGCAUUGAGUUUCUUAUUUCUUUAUUGCCCACAAGGGGCUAAACAUAGAGAGGACAAACAAAAGGAUUAAGUCGAUUACAUCGACCCCAGUGCAUAACUGGUACUUAAUUUAUCAACCCCGAAAGGAUGAAAGGCAGUCGACCUCGGCGGAAUUUGAACUCAGAACGUAGCAACAGACGAAAUACCGCUAAGUAUUUCACCUAACGUUUCUGCCAGCUCACUGCCUUAAGUUUGUCGACCAAAUCCACUGAAACAUCGAAUCAGCCUGGGGCUAUUGUAGAAAACACUUGCCCAAGGUUCCAGUGGGAUUCAACUGCAACCAUGUUGUCAGGAAGCAAACUUCUCAACCACAAGCUUAGUGGAUGCAGAUCAGUAGUCUAGCCUGUUGACUAUGUUUCACUCUGUAACCAUUAUCAUAGUUAUAAUGUCCACUUUCUCAGGCUUGUAUGGGUCACACAGAAUUUGUUGAGACAGUUUCCAUAACCAGAUGUUCCUUCUAUUGCCAACACGCAACUGUUUCUGAGCAAGGUAAUAUUUCACUGUAGCCAGACUUGUUUCUCAGAAGACUGGAAACAGAUACUGCUUGUAUGACAGUGACAUCCAUUUACAACUAUCAUGCUAUAUGACAAGGAAACAAACACACAUGCAUACUUAUAUGGCAAGCUUCUUUGUUAACCUACAUUUUAGUGGGUUCAUUUUUAGAACUUCAAUGUUCAUACACCUACUUUCACAUGUCAAAGCCCUAACCUACUUUUUCACCACCACCCCAAACUUUGUAAGGGAAGAUCAACAGACAGCAAGAUUAUUCAGCCAUAAAAUAUUGCUUUAAACAAGUGGCCUGUCCAACCCUUGCUAAUUUUGAAAAAUGGACAUUGAAUAAACUAAAGAUUAACAGUUAAAUGAGGCAAAAUUUAAAACAUUCAUAAAAUUAUCUAUUGUAAUAUAUAUUUUGCCAUUAAUAAAUUUCACUCUGUAAAA